AUGCCCUCAUCAGCUGGGGGCCUAUCAACAACUGUUUCAACGUCAAGUUUCAAUCUCAAGGUGUUUUGCUGCGUCGGUUCCUCAUCUGUGCUUUCUCAAUCAACUUCAACAAACCAUCUGACAAAUUUGCGCAAAAGUGCCGAAGAAGAUCCACGAUGGCAACAGCGACAAAAUCAGAUUAUAGAAGCACAGAUAGAGAAAGAACGACAACUACAGAAGAAAAUGCUCAAAAUCUUAUUACUCGGCGGCUCAGGCUCCGGAAAAAGCACUAUAUUCAAACAAAUGAAAAUCUUACACUUAAAUGGUUUUACCGAUGCCGAUUACGUCAAUUUUCGAUAUCUGGUCCAUAGCAAUGUUGUACAAGCAAUAACACAAUUGAUGACAGCUGCUGAAAGCUUCAAAUAUUCUCCGGACGAUAAUGAAAGAUUAUUGCAAGCCAUAGCCUUUUUUCGUGCAUACAACGAGCAAGUGAAACCGUCUGAAAUCGAGCUAAGCUUGGAAUUGUCUCGAGCCAUUGCUAUAAUCUAUAGUUCUCAAUUCAUCAAGAGUACGCUACUAAGGAAAGAUGAGAUUGAACUGCUAGAUUCUGCUGAAUAUUUUUUGAAUGAUUUGGACCGGAUUAGUGGAAGUGAAUAUCGCGCCAAUGAGAUGGAUGUCAUAAGAGCUCGGGUUCCGACUUCUGGUAUAAACGAAAUCGAAUUUCCUUACAAGAACGUCAUUUUAAGGAUGGUCGAUGUUGGAGGGCAACGUUCAGAGCAACGGAAAUGGAUUCAUUGUUUUGAUAAUGUCAGUGGAGUUCUAUUCAUUGCGGACAUUUCAUCCUAUAACUUGAUCGAAGACGAUGGCGAGACACAGAAAAAUCGGCUCAAGUACAGUAUGCAUCUAUUCAAAAGGGUAGCCAACAAUCGAUGUUUUGGCAAAAGAACGGCUAUGAUACUCUUCCUCAACAAAAUCGACAUUUACAAGCGGAAAUUGCUGACAACACCGUUGGGAGUGUGCUUCAAAGAUUAUAAAGGAGGACAGGUGUUCGAGGAAUCAGCACAGUACGUUCAGGACCGCUUUCAACGUCUUGUUAGUUCAGAAAUUCAACAUGAAAAACCUCUAUAUGUACAUUUCACAAAUGCCACUGACACAAGGAAUAUUGAUCGAGUUUUUGAAUCUUGUGUCGAUGUUGUAUUCAAGAUAAGCAUGGAAAAAGUCGGGUUUAUGUGAAUAUCAAAAUUGAUUGUAUCCAUAAAAUAUCAAUAUAAUCUACAU